GGCCGUGAGAUGGCGUGUGUUUGGCCGUGAAGCCUGUCGACUAUCUGGCAACCCUGACAAACAACAUCAAAGAGUACAUCAGUAACUUGGUAACAUUUAAUGUGCUGUAUUAAAGUUUCCCGUGGAGGGUUGAUGACAAAAGAAGGAGGUUUAGCAGAGCACAAUUCUGUACUGAAGUAGGCCUAUAUUAACAUUGGGAGAAGAUGGCAGACUUAAACUGCCUAAAUGUACCUAAGGUACAGCAAUUUCCUGCUCUGAACUCUCCACAAAGGCUGGGAGGCAAGGUGGCAGAACCAGGGCGUGCCAAGGUACCACUGAAGCCAGGCCGAUCCCUCAUGGACUGGGUUCGGCUUGGCCAAAAAUCAGGGAAUGCUCUAAAUGGACUGAAAGGACAACAAAUGCGCGAAGUAACAGCAGAAGAGCUGGCCAAACAUAAUAAACAUACAGAUGCCUGGACUGCACUUAGAGGACGUGUCUACAAUAUUACACCGUAUAUGGAAUACCACCCUGGAGGGGCGGAUGAACUAAUAAAGGGUGCGGGGAUUGAUGGAACAGCUCUGUUUAAUGAUAUACACCAGUGGGUUAACUUUGAGUCUAUGUUAGCGAAAUGUUAUAUAGGCAGACUCAAGACCACAUUCAGUGUCCCAACAAAAGUCCCUCCCAAGUCUAAAUCGAAGGUUUCAGUAGCAACAGAAAAAAGUAGUAAACUAACACCACCAAAUACAGGUGUAAAUCUAAAAAAUAUAGAGAAAUAUGAAGGAAAACCAAGAGCACGGUAUGAUUGGUACCAAAAUUCCAGCAGUGUAAUAAUCACAGUGUACGCCAAGUGUCAGGUGAGAAUACAAUUUUACCAAAUCUCCAAAGAUUUCUAUUUACAGUAGAACCCCUUUUAAGUGUCCCUAGAAUAGAAGUGUCCCUUGAUUAGAGGUGUCCCUUGAAUAGAGGUGUCCCGAAGGAGGGCUCUACUGUAUUUUUUCUUUAGUAUUUGAUCCAGUGACAAGGCAGGUAUUGUAACCAUUGAUUUCAAAAUUAUCUAAUAACAAAUAAGAGCAUGCUUAAAAUCAGUCAUUAAUUGAAAAAUGCUUUAAAAGAAUGACAUUUUGACUCCAUCUUG